AUGGCUGAACCACCAAUUCUAUCCGCUCCAAAACCCGGGGAGGUUUUUAUUAUGUAUUUGGCGAUUUCUAGUAUAGCGACAAGUGCAGCAUUGAUUAGAAAGGAAGGAAAAAUGCAAUAUCCCAUCUUCUACACAAGUAAGACAAUGACAGAUGCGGAGACACAAUAUAACAAAGCAGAGAAAAUCAUCUUAGCCUUAGUUUAUGCCAAGAGGAAGCUUCGGCAUUAUUUUGAAUCUCACAGCAUUGUGGUACUUACCAACUAUCCUAUACGGGACACUCCCGAAGAGCUGGAACCCCCUGAACCACAGUGGGACCUUCGGAUCGAUGGUUCCUCGAAUCAAACAAGUGCAGGGGUAGGGGUUGUUAUGUCAACACCCGAAGGCACCAAGUUGCAGCAGUCUAUUUGCUUGAAAUUCCCUGCUACGAACACUGAGGCCGAGUACGAGGCGUUACUUGCUGGUCUUCAAUUAGCCAGCAGUUUCCAGGUACGUUGUUUAAAGAUUUUUAGUGACUCACAGCUUGUUAUAAAUAAAGUGACAGGUCAGUAUCAUCCCAAAGAGGAAAGAAUGAAAGCAUAUAAAGAAGCUGUAGAGAAUGUUACACGGGGAUUCGAUCAAAUCGAAUUUUGUCAGGUACCUCGUGUUGAGAAUGCCGAAGCAGAUCAAUUGGCCACAGCAGCGUCAUCCUCAAAUGAAAAUCUGACUUGGAUUGUGCCGAUUGACGUCUUGGACGAGCCCAGCAUUAACCCUCAGCAAGAAGUAAUGGUGAUUCCAGUUAUUCCUCGAGAACCAUGCUGGAUUGAUCCACUGGAAGCCUACUUCAAGCAUGGAAUUCUUCCAAACCAGAAGCCCGAAGCACGGAAGCUCCGACUCACCGCAGUUAAAUAUGCCAUCAUUAACAACCAGUUAUACCGGAAGUCAUUUUCAGGUCCUUACCUGAAAUGUUUAAGCCCUACUGAGGCUCUUGUGGUGUUGAAACAAAUCCAUGAUGGAGAUUGCGGCAACCAUUCUGGGGGUAGAUCCCUUGCACAUAAAGUUCUAACUCAAGGCUACUUUCUGGCCGUACUUGGCCCGGAAUGCAGAAGAGUAUACUCGAAGAUGUGA